AUGUGCUGUGUAGAAUGCUUCGAUUGUUCCGACGUCUUUUGUCGACUCUGGAAACUAACUAAGGAGUGGACGCUGGCUUCGAUGAGUAUAUUCAAGUGUUCCAACCUCUGUUUCACGAAGUUGGACGAGAAUAAGGAGAAGCCAGCGGAAAUCAACAACAACGUGAUCAGCAUUGUCUCGUUGCUGAUCAACGUCUGGAUGUCUCCACAUGAAAAUUAG